UAGAAACUGAGAAUAGUACAUAAAGUUAGGAGUGAGGAAAAAAGGAAAUGUAACCUUGGGGGGAUCUCUUUUGAGAGUCAAGAGGAAGAAGUGGGGCUGAAGAGGAAGGUGGGAAAGUGUGGUUGAACAGUUAGGAGAAUGCUAGAGGGAUGAAGUUCCAGAUGAAGAAAAUCUUUAACAGGGACACUAGGCAUAUGUAUUAGUUACUUUUCUCAUUGCUAAGACAAAAAUACCUAAUGCCCAAAGGUACAGGAGGAAAGGUUUAUUCAUACUUUGUAGAGGUUUCACUUUGUAACUGGCUGACUUCAUGACAGAGUAGUAGGCAGAGGAUCAUUGCAGAGGAGAAACAGUUCACAGCUAAAAGUGACAAACCUCUUUCUGUCUUUACAUUUUAUCCCAUGCUCAGACCCAGCCCUCAUACCCACGGAAGACCCCCCUCCCAUUAUCUACUGCCAGAACUGUGUCAAACUGAUCAGUUGAACUAAUUUAUAAGCACAUGUGCUUGAUCCCAGUGUUACAUGUUCUAGAUCCCGCCACCUCUGAAAAGCUGCAUGUCUGACCACGGAGCCUUUGGGACAUCUAGAUUCAAGACAUCCAUCAUGUGAAUUACUACAGAGUUAAUUUGGAAUACACACUGGAUUUGUCAUUAAAGAUGCAAAAGAAAUUUUCUGAAUGUUUCUAGAAACUAGAAAUCUGAAUUCAGUUUCACUGGGCUGAAAUUGAGCUGUCAGCAGAACUGCACUCCUGGAGGCUCUGAGAAUCCGACAAUGCCGAAUAAUAUGUGGUAUAUAUACACCACAUUUUGUUUCCCAUUCACCCAUUGAUGGACACUUGGUAGCUUCCACCUUUUGGCUAUUGUGAAUUAUGCUGCUAUGAACAUGAGUAUACAAAUAUCUCUUUGAGAUCCUGCUUUCAGUUCUUCUGGUGGAUCUUCAUGGAGGAACACGGAGUGACCCAAACUGAACACAUGGCGACCAUAGAAGCCCAUGCAGUAGCCCAGCAAGUACAGCAGGUUCAUGUGGCCACUUACACUGAGCAUAGCAUGCUAAGCGCUGAUGAAGACUCUCCUUCUUCCCCUGAGGACACCUCCUAUGAUGAUUCAGAUAUACUCAACUCCACUGCAGCUGAUGAGGUAACAGCCCAUCUGGCUGCUGCAGGUCCUGUGGGAAUGGCUGCUGCGGCUGCUGUGGCAACAGGAAAGAAACGGAAACGGCCUCAUGUGUUUGAGUCUAAUCCAUCUAUCCGGAAGAGGCAGCAAACACGGUUGCUUCGGAAACUUCGAGCUACAUUAGAUGAAUAUACUACUCGAGUAGGACAGCAAGCUAUUGUCCUCUGUAUCUCACCCUCCAAACCCAACCCUGUCUUUAAAGUGUUCGGUGCAGCACCUUUGGAAAAUGUGGUGCGAAAGUACAAGAGCAUGAUCCUGGAAGACUUGGAGUCUGCUCUGGCAGAACACGCCCCUGCGCCACAGGAGGUUAACUCAGAGUUGCCACCUCUCACCAUCGAUGGGAUUCCCGUCUCUGUGGACAAAAUGACCCAGGCCCAGCUUCGGGCAUUUAUCCCAGAGAUGCUCAAGUACUCUACAGGUCGGGGAAAACCAGGAUGGGGGAAAGAAAGCUGCAAGCCCAUCUGGUGGCCUGAAGACAUCCCGUGGGCAAAUGUCCGGAGUGACGUCCGCACAGAAGAGCAGAAGCAGAGGGUUUCAUGGACCCAGGCACUACGGACCAUAGUUAAAAACUGUUAUAAACAGCAUGGGCGGGAAGAUCUCUUGUAUGCUUUCGAAGAUCAGCAAACUCAAACACAAGCCACCACUACCCACAGUAUAGCCCAUCUUGUCCCAUCCCAGACGGUAGUGCAGACCUUUAGCAACCCUGAUGGCACCGUCUCACUUAUUCAGGUUGGUACAGGGGCAACAGUAGCCACACUGGCCGAUGCUUCAGAAUUGCCAACCACAGUCACUGUGGCGCAGGUGAAUUACUCUGCUGUGGCUGAUGGAGAGGUGGAACAAAACUGGGCUACAUUACAGGGAGGUGAGAUGACCAUCCAGACAACGCAGGCAUCAGAGGCCACCCAGGCGGUGGCAUCCUUGGCAGAGGCCGCAGUGGCAGCUUCUCAGGAGAUGCAGCAGGGAGCCACCGUCACCAUGGCGCUCAACAGUGAAGCUGCUGCCCAUGCUGUCGCCACCCUGGCUGAGGCCACCUUACAAGGAGGGGGACAGAUCGUCCUGUCUGGGGAAACCGCAGCAGCUGUCGGAGCACUUACUGGAGUCCAAGAUGCUAAUGCAGGCUCUUGGAGUCAGUGGCCAAGAACUGGGCUGCCCGGGGAAGUACCUCAGAAGUCUGGGUCACAAAGGAGGACCGUCCCUGAUCUGCCUGGUCCAGAUCCCAGUGAGCAUGUACCAGACUGUGGUAACCAGCCUCGCCCAGGGCAACGGCCCAGUACAGGUGGCCAUGGCCCCUGUGACCACCAGGAUAUCAGACAGCGCAGUCACCAUGGACGGCCAGGCUGUGGAGGUGGUAACAUUGGAACAGUGACACACAGCCAUACUAUGGCAUCAUUUUCUAGUCUACUUCAAAAUUUUUUACACGUUUUGCAGAGGUGCAAUCAAAUGGAAUUAAGUCUCUUGACUUUGGAAGAAAAGUUUUGUUAACCUUUUUUUGAAAAGGAAGAAAGGCAGUGGAUUUUGGAAUUGCAUUUUUAUAAAGCACCACUCUUGAUUUUCUGGGAUUGGUGGAGUAAGAAGCUGCAUUGUCAACUUCACUGUCCCAAAAAAGCCAAAUUGUGGCAGGACUUCUUUCUGCAGAAACAUGUGUGUAUACUUAAUGUGCGUGUAUGUGUGAGUGUGAGUAUAUGUAUAUGUGUACAUAUGGACAUACACAUUUACAUAUAUAUAUAAAGUAUAUAUAUACAUACAUAUAUAUAUAUGUAUGAAACCCGCAUGGAAUUCUGUAUGAAAUCAAGGUGAGCUGUGGAUAGGAUAAUCCACCCAGUUUAGUGGGUGAUAGGGUACGUGGCCAGACACAGUCACCUGGUUUUUGUUCAUACCAGGGUCAUGCGUUGAGCUACUGACAAACUCAGGCAGAGGUGACCAUGCUCUUCACCAAAGCUGCCUCCCAGCAGCUGCCUAGAACUCUCCCUGCUGAACUCAGCUGAGGAAGGAGGUUCCAGGACACCGAGGGGCCCAGGGCCAGUGGCCUGCCAGCUGGGACACUCUCAGCCAGCCCAGGGACUGCGCUUACCUCGGGCGGAGGGAAAGAGCCAAGAAGAUGAAUUUCGGCCUCCCACCUCUUCCCCUUCCCAGGAAGCCGCCUGGAGCUCAUGACUGUUGAAGAGUUGCUUUGGUUUUAAGGUCAGUCCUGACUUGGUCAUGUGUAUGAAUUGAAGGGAACAGAAGUAUUAAGGGUCUGAGGAGUGCGUGCUAAGUGUGCUUCUGGGUGUGUGUGUGUGCGCGCGUCAUGGGGGAAAGAGUGGGAAAGGAUGUGAGGAGCUGAAGGGAAAGGAAGGAGGGAGAGAAGUUCGUAGACCAGGUUCACCAGUGCGAGCCAUCUUCUCUCGCCGGCUGGAGUAGCUCCGCAGAGAAGACCCUGACCAGAAAGGACACCUGGCUCUGGGAAGAUGGCCCUCACAGCAGGACAGUCAAGAGAGGAAGCGCCAGAGUCCUUGGCUCCCCUCCUGGGACAGGCGGUGCGAGGCCCUCUUUCCUGCCUCUGAGCCGGGCCCUGAGUGGCCUUCUUGCUCACAGGUGUCGUCGCUGUCAGGUUCUGUGCUUUCCCAGCAGCGGCCCUGAGUCUCAAGUGGACAAAUCCACCUGACUUUUUGACAGGCCAAAUCUCUGCUCCUUGAGUACAGGGACAACACUUCCUCCCUCUUCCCAGGUUCCCCUACUUGUGUGAUAGUGUAUUUAAUGUUUUUUUUAAAUGCGAAUUAAAAGAUUCCUCGUGUCUUGCUCAGCCUUUGAGAAAAGUUUCAGAUUCUUGUAUUUGCUUGUUUUAUAUAAAACUAUCUAAUGUUUCUUUAUAUGUUCUUUUCUGUACGUAAUGGGGGGAGGGGAGGGAAAUUUACAUAUGAACAGUCCUAGUUCUACAACUUGUUAUUUUUUUAAUUAUUAUUUUUUAUUGUCAUUGUGAAGCUGUCCAGGGCUUUAAAGUCCGGGUUCCUUUGUGGUAAAAUAACCUCCUACUAGUUUGAGAACUUGCCAAGAAGAAGCAAAAAAAGCAAAACUCCAGUAGCAAAGCAUGGAUUCUGUGUUGUUUUCCAUUCUGUCUAUACUGCCUCAUUCAAUAAAUAGUUUAAAAUGUGGCAACAGGAA